UGGCUGGGCGCUGUCGCGCUCGGGGGCCGCGCCGGGUCGCGUUUCUCUCUAGUGCCCGAGGCGGCUCCGGUUGGGAGAGCCCUUCACCAGCUCCACGGGGACCUCUGUGCACGGAUGGACCCGCCCGGACCCGGCGGGAAGCGGCCUGGCAGGCGGCGGCCCCGGCGGCGUCAGCAGAGGGAGGACAGGGCCCGGGCCGCGGGUCCCUGAGGCGCGCGGGCCCACCGGGCCCGGCGUUGGCACCAUGAUGCCGGGCGAGACCCAUUCGGCGGCGCCCGGGACGGCGGCGGACCUCUCGCGGUGUCAGGGCUGCGCCUCCCUGCAGCAGAAUUUAAACGAGUAUGUUGAAGCAUUAAUUACCUUGAAGCAAAAAAUUAUUAAUACAGAUAAUUUAUUAACAGAGUAUCAGAAGAAAUGCGAUGAGCUGCAGUUUGCAAGAAGAGAGAACAGUACUCUGCAUCACCAAGUGGAACAGAUGCUUCAGAAAAUCUCUCCUCUGCAGAAAUGUCAGGAAGAGCUGGGAUCUUUAAAAGCAGAGCUAGAGGAGAAGAAGAGUUCUCUGAAGUUGUACCAGGACACUCAUCAGGAGUAUGCUCGUGUGAAAGAAGAAUGCUUGAAAACAGAUGCUCAGAAGAAGAAGCUAGAAGCCAAGGUGAAGAAGCUGGAAGAGGCUGCUGUUAAGCAAACUCAGGACUUCAAGCAACUGAGGACUGAGAAGAAGAUACUCGAGAAGGAAUUUAGGAAGACACAGGAACGGCUGGAUGAAUUCUCUAAACAGAAAACUGCAAAGGAGUUGAGACAUAUUGGAACACAAAUUUCAAGCGAUUCUUACGGAAGCAUAGAUAAAAGAAAAGUAAAGCUGCUUCUGAAGGAACUCUGGCUCUGUAUAAACACAACACACAGACUACCUGGUGAAGGCAGCAGGUGUGUCCCAGAAAAACCCGCCAAAGAAAACCCCCACGCACCCAGAGAGUCCCGGGACGCUGGCGCACCCCCUCCGGCGGGAGGCGGUCCCCUCAGAGCCGCAGCCGUGCAGACGUGCCUGACGGAACUGUCCAUGGAGAUAGAGGGUGACUUCUCUGCCUGUAAGAGUGUGGGAACAGAGGGGCCCGGUGCCGGUGCUCACCGUCCCGAACACGUGUCUCCCGAGGGCCGGAAUCCUGAGGUCUCGCUGCAUAGGAGUGAGCAGGACAGCGCUGACUUCUCUGAUCGUGAUCGCUUUUUUGAUGAAGAUCUCCAGGCUGCAGUCGACUUCUUCAGACUUCCCCCUCCUCUUUUGUCUCCGGUGCCGUCCCCGCCUCUGGUGUCCUUACCACACCUGAGCACGUUACCUUCUUCGCUCGCACCUGAAACCUACUUCGGAGAGUAUACGGAUUCCAGUGACGAUGAGUCGUCCCAACCUAGAAAUUCUGCUGCGUCUGUUUCAGAAGAUGAGACGUCUGAAUCACAUUACUUUGGCUCAUCCAGAAGAAGUGAUGGAAGGAGGGAUACGCGGGAGGAAAAGCUCACAUCGCACGAAGCCUCCAGAACUCUGACUGCGCUGGAAGUAAAUGGAGUGACAGCGGUUGGGUUUGGGACAGUCACAGCGGCCCUGAGAGAGCCUUCAGCCACACGCGCUUUAGCUUGCGAGCAACCCUGGGCAGUGUCCUCGGAAGCCACGAGUGACAGAGAAAGAGGCAUUUUAGAUGAGGCACAGAGACUGAGAGAGGGUCGCGAGGUGGACAAGUCGGUGCAGACAGAGAACACGCUCGAUGACACCGUAGGAAGCGUGUGUGGGGGGACGUCUGGCCGCCAGGCCCAGGACGGGGCAGCGGCCCUCUGGAGGGCUGACGUGCAUCACCCUCCCCUCGGCAGCAGACCAUUCAGUGACCUCGUGGAAUCUGAAGGAAAGACCCUGCUGUCCGAGAUGAUAGGAUCGCCCAAACCACAGUUUACUACGUGGACACUGACAAACGAAGUCCCUUUUGAAUCGGAUCAUGUAUCCAUUUCUGACCACUUUCAGGGAACGUGUAGAGUGUUGGGAAAAGACAGAGAUGUUCGGAGGUUCAUUUUAGGAGCCUCGCCUGAACCAGCAGACGACGCAGGUCACACAGUGGGCACCACGGGGCUCGGUGUUGACGCCAGGCUUUCUUCCUCUCCUACCUCGGGGGCGUCGUCUGUGUGCAGUGACUCCCAGCCUUGCUCUGAUGCCCACCUUCCUCCUGACUCCGCCCCCACCGAGCUGCAGCGCUCAGAACAGAAGCUACGAGCUGAGGCCUUCACCUUGCUGGGCCUGCAGCCCGAGCCCCCAGAGUGUCCUGCCGGAGAGAGCCAUCUGGAAAACAGCUUGUAUGCUUUGAGCACCGAGUUGGGAACAUCACAUUUUAAUAACCUGAGUAGCAGUGAGGUCGAGGGCACAGACGUUGGGAAAGGCAUGCCCAGAGUCUGUUCACUUCCGCAUUCGGUGUUCAUAAAAGCUGCGAAAGAGGCUCAGUGUCGAAGUCAGGGUCCGAGAACUGAGCCCUCCCUGACCAGGGCGGAUUCCACGCCGUUGGUGGAGUCUCAGUGCGGCUUGACCAGGAGUGGGUUUGGCUUCGUGAAAAGCCCUUCCUGGCACCAGAGUGACCUGUUAAGGAGAGGUAGCGAGGAAAGGCCGAGAGCUAAAUCAGAACACGAACACAAGACUGACCAUCAGUUACAAACGGCAGUGCCAGCCUUAGAAAACAGGGGACCCGUGCCCAGGCCUGAACCCGCCAGAGAAAACAACCCCGCGGGGCUCAGGGCCGCUCCGUCACUGUUGCCUAACCAAGUUUCGGUGAUCACCAAGCAGGCCAGACCCGAAACGGCACACGGGGCUAGGUCAGAGCACUGGGGGCCGCAGAGGACUGAGCCUGCCUUUGUGACGGCGUCUGGAGCGGGACGUGGUGGAGAGAGAGAGGACCCGGCCUGGAAUGUGCCGGGGGCGGCUGCUACGGGGGGGACCUCGCCACAGGUUUCUGCCUCAAGGAGAAAAUUAGAUUUCAACUUUACAGGCGGUUCUUUACCUGUAGAAAGUCCUCACUGUUCCACAAGUAGCAAACUGUCUUUCUCUCGUGAGAAGAUCCCAGUCCCGAACCAGGAUGUCCUGACGGGAGCCCCGGCACAGGAGGCAGUGCGGGAGCAAGGUCUGCUCCUCCGCGCCCCGAGUCUGGACUCGUCCGGGCUGCCUGUGGAUGGACGCCUUCCGGCCACGCCGGCACCCGUGUCGAGAAGCUUUCCUGGUGCAGGAGCACCGUGUGGGGGCUCGGGCAGAUCUGGCGGGGGGGCCCUGGCCGUGUCCGAGGACCCUCCUGGCGGGCGGCAGAGCCUGAGGGGGUCUCUGGAGCUGCCGUCGCCGACCCCGGGCGGCGCUUCUCCCGGAGACCCAGGCACCUCCGGGAUGGCGCUCCCGUCGGCGGGUCUCGGGAAAGAUGAAGAGACGCGCGGCGUCCCUCCGGGUGCCCUGGCCGCGGCCCCGUGUUGUUACACGGGCAUCCGGGAGGCGGCAGGCGGCGACACGGAGGUGGAAGAGAGCGAGGCUCCCAGCUGCAGCGAGGGCGAGAGCGAGCCCGAGGCCGUGACGGGGGCCGCCCAGCACGGGGCCGCCAGCGCCUCCGGGGAAGGUGGGGGAGCCCUGGGGGCCGGCGCGGCCGAGAGCAGGCCCUCCGUGGAGGUGGGGUGUCUGACCUCAGCCCUGCAGGACUUCAACAUCAGUACUCUCUCGGAGAUAGACGGACUUUCUACGUCCGAGGUCGUCAUGUUUCUCGAAAGUUGUCAGUUAAGAGAUUAUAGUUCCGGGGACUCUGUUUCAGAAUGUUCUAGCAAAGGAACCCUGAGUAAGGACAUGAGCAAAGAGUUAAAGCCAGGUGAGCCAUCAGGAGAAAAGUACAGGAAACAGUUGUGUGAAGAAGAAACGCUCGAAACCCCGGAAGAGUGGCUCGAGUCCGAGGAGGAGGACGGGCCCCUGCGGGGCACGCGGCGGCUGUCUCGGCGCUCUCUGGAAACGCUGUCAGAGGUCCUCACCAAGAUCGGACAGGAGCUUCAGGCCAGCUGCGAGGGCCCCGCCGGAGAGGAUGCUGCCGAUUUCGUGCUCUUCAACGUGCACGACGCCGUGACCGCCGGGCCCGUCCGAGAGCAUGGCCCACCUCGGGAAGCGGGGGACCCCUCGCCACUGCCCACGGGUACGCCCCCUCCAGCAGCCGGCCUGGCCGGCGAGGGCGGCUCUCCCGGCAGCGGUCCCACGGGGAACGGAAACGCCCCCAGCGGACCCGAGGCCGCUUCCCACGUCACCAGCCCGAACCGUGGUGGGGAGGAGGGCCUGUCAGAAGCGGCGGAGCCCUCAGCCCUGGACGCCGACUCGGGAGCGGGGCAGACGGCGGAGCGUGGUGCCGAAGGGGAGGCGGAAACAACAUUCCAGUGCCAGAUCUCUACAGUGACCUCCGAGGUCAUCAAUGUGCUGAUCAACAAGGAUCAGAAUCUAGUCAUUGAAAAGGGGGACCACUGGACCAUCAUCAACGGGGUGGCUCUCAUGCCAAACGUGGACCAGGUUAUACUGUGUGACACUCCGGAGGACAUCGCUGUCUCCCCGGAGCCGGGAGGCCCGGGAGCCGGUUUCGUCUCCGUCACUGCUGUGGACAAGUCUCCAGAGACCGGUCACCCUGGCCUUGCGUUUCCGGAGCCCCAGGGCAGCAGCCUCCCGGGUGCCCAGGAAGAAAUCUCCAGCAGUAGUCAGAGCACCAACUUCGAUAAAAGUCGCUUGCGCAACAGGCCGGUCAAACCUAGUGUGAGGCUUAGCUCCGAAAUCUACGACCAGAACUUCGAGUCUCAGGUAGUUGCGUCCGAUCACACGUAUUUUAACUCAAAACUGGAGCCGUUUGGCAAGAAUAAGAAUCGAUCCAAGGUGACCAACAAAGAUCAGUCAAACAAGCCAGCAAAGACCUCAGCGUCAAGCAGAGUUGAAGCUAAUCAGAGUGAAGGCUCCCAGUCAUUUUUUGGGGAAAGAGAGAACACAAAAACCCAGAGAAAUCAAACUCAGACCAUCCUAGCCAAUGCGGACACGUCGACCCCCACGGACUGUUCUGACACCCUGAGUAAAAUACGGCAGGAGGUGGGGCCCCCUCUGCCACCCUUGCUUGCUCCUUUGGUUGCCACCCCCCCACGGACUUCCCGGCCGGUGUCUCCUCUGAUAGCCGCUUCCACUCCCUCCUCCCCCGCCUCUCCCAUCGGCCCCAUUUCUCCCUUGUGUGAAAUCCCGGUGCCUCCUGCGAUGUCUCCUUUGCCGGAAGAGCCCGGAUGCCCCUCGCCCCUGCGCACAUCCCCGUCCCCAUCCACCGCAGCAGCUGGCGAGAGGAUCCUGUCGUCUCCCCUGCAGUUCUGUGCUGCGACGCCAAAGCAUGCCCUCCCUGUGCCGGGCCGCCUCCCCCCCUUUGCUUCCGCCCACGCGGCUGUGGCCGGACCCCAGGAGAAUUCCGUCAAAAUCCUUGACAGCAUGUACCCGGAGUUGUCUGCCAGGGCCCGCACCCUCAACAUCCUCAAAGGGAACAUUCAGCUCGCCCGGGGCCCACCUGCUGACUGUAAGAACUUAGCAGGGCCCGUCGGUGCCAUCACAGGAUUCAAAGCAAUCACGUCCACGUCAACCGCUUUUGUGAAAACGGGGGGCAGCUCUGGGAGUGACUGCAGUCAGGAUAAGUCCAAAGAUACGGGGAGUCACCAGGACUCAGGUGGGAAAAGGACGUUGUCUGCAUCUACGCUGAGGAGCGCUAAGAGACUGCGGCUGGACAGCGGGUCCCCCGAACCAGAACCCGGGAGCACCGCCGCAGAAGGAGUCCACAAGACCCUCCGGAGGAGCCUCCCUCAGGCUGAAGGCGUGACGACAGAGGAGGAGAGAAGUGCUCUUCCGACCGUCAGUACAGCCUCACAGUUGCCUCCAAACCCGAAAGAAACCGUAGAGUCCCACGACAAAGCCAUAGCUGACGCGCUGAAGAAGAUUGCAGAGUCGUCUUUUGAUCUCCUGCCUGUCAUUCGGAGUCACGUGUAUGUGGGAAAUAUCUCCAAAAAGCCCGUAAUGAGAGAUCAAGAGAAGGAAGUUGUUCACGAAUUCAGCACAACCAAAAAGCAUCUAGCAGAGUGCUUGCUUCACUCCAUCCUCUCAGAGCUGAAGAUUCAGAAGAUCUCCCUGGAGCGCAAUUACAUUCACGCCCUCUGCAGGGUGUACGUGGGCAUAUGCCGGCAACUGGGAGACCUGGAGCGAGCCCGCCUGUUUUGCUACAGCCUACUGAAGGAAGAUUUUCCGGAAUCAGAAAAAUUGACUUUGUUCAUUGCAAACAUGUGGCAUGAUAUAUUUAUUUCCCAGUCGGUGAUUAAUAAAGCAAUGCAGCUGGUUGCCAGGCAGCGUGCGAAAGGAGAGGUCCGGAACUGUCUGAGAGCGUUCCUCAACUGGGAAAAGAAUGCUCCUGUGGAUGUGGGUUUCAUGGUUUCUAAGCUGCUUUUGACCAUACAGCUGUGUCCAAAAACAGAAUUCCAGUCCAGUGAAAAAUUUGGUGAGGAUUUGAGUGAUAACACUUGGGAGUACAUAUUUGCCAUUGACCUGCUGUGCUGCCACCAGAAAUGGAUUUGGACACAUGAUAACAUCAUAAGUAAAGAGCUGUGGCCCGUCAUGGAUAAGUGGAUAAAGUACCGAAAAGGACAUGCAAACAUUGCAUAUACUCCCGACAUUAUUAUAGCAUCAAUUCUGAGGCUGAUUGGUCGGUUGGGCCAGUUGGGCUUGAAGGAAGGGUUCCCGUCUGCUGUGAAAAGCAUCAGCUCCGUUAUCGGCAUGUUUAUUCAGCAUGCCCAGGACGAAGAUAUACCGUGGGGCAUACAGCUAGCAGCCGUGUACGCGCUUUGCGAUCUGAGUCCCAGCAACCCAGCGGAGAUCUCCCGCAUCCUGGAAGCCUGGCGCAGAGAGACCUCUCACAGCGUUCCCUCCGCGGUGCUCAGCUGCCUGGAGGAAGUCAGCUGCCUGUGCGCCGAGGAGGUGGGCUAAGAAGCCGUGCGCCCCUGCAUCUAGAGAAGUGCCUUCGCGUGUCUGAGUCCGGACAGUUGAGUCAGCUCGCAGAGUCCCGACUGAGGCUUCGGAACGUCGUCGCAGAGGAGAGGAUGUCCAGGCGCGCCCGUCACUGUGGCGAGGACACCGGAGCCAGCAGGGGCCGGGCCGCCCUCCCCCAAACCGCAUACAUUUCACUUAAGGCUGUUGUGAUUCCAUGACAUGUGGGUUGUAUUAUUGUGUCUUGGUCAAACAACAAAAACUUGAACUUAGCCCUUUUUUGCUGCAGAAAGUGUCCUUUUAGUCGCUUUUUAAAAUUGAGUGGCAUUUUAUAAUGAAUUUAAUAUAAAAGCAUUGAUUUGGUUCCUGAGCUAAUUUUGGACUUUGCGCUGGAACGGUUGACUAGGAAAAAAUAAAUCGGCUAAGAAGGAGCUAGAAGACUCUUCCGCGGUCUUAGCUGGACACGGACUGUUCCGUUGUUUCUCCAGGUGGGCGCGCCACGGGUGAGAGGGGACCCGGGGAGAGCCUUCGGGCCCCGUUGUAGCGCGUCUUCUUCCUGUCUCUGCGGUUCCUUAAAACCCUGUCACUCUAGGAGGACCAGGAGCGCCUCCGAGCAAAGGUCACUUGCAGGGUCGUGUCCGCGACGUUGUAUCUAAACGAUUCAGAGGCCAGCGCGGGUGGGUCUCUGUGUGUGCCGUGUACAUAUGGACAGUGCUAUAAUGUGUUUCACAUUUGAUGAUAUUCCACUUUCGGAAUUGUAGUAUUUGUACAUAGAAAAUGGGUUUAAUAACUCACCGUGGUUCCGAUUUGUCUUAUAUUCAUCAUUUCUUAAAACUCUUGUAUGUGUUUUUUAUAAUAAAAAAUAAAAAGUAA